GGGGAGGCGGAGUCAUGCUGGUACACACGAUUGGCCUCAACCUGUAGACCUGUCUGCGAGGAGGACGGAGGCAGCAAGGGAGGGGUUGCUACCCGACAUAAUUACAAUAUAGAGCGGCGAACUAUCCGUAGACCCACCGCACCGGAGAGAUAUCUGCUCUCUCGGCUGUGCUCAGAUACUCUUACACAUCUGUCUGUGGCGUUGAGGGGGAGAAAUCGCAUGUUUAAUGGCAUUUUGGAAGUCUCCGCGGAGCUCUCCUGCAAGAAGAGGAGACAUCACGGCGCGAGUAAGCUAACGUUAGCUCGCUAACAAGGUCAGUUUGAUUUCUGGGUUCUGUUGCUCUGGAAGCAGAACCAUCACUAUCACCGACACCACCACCGCCAUCCUCUUUAACUCGAUCAUUUUACAUGAUAAUAAACGAGUCCUCUCUGUUGUCAGGACGUGUAAGCGGUUGUUUUUGUCACCAGCCGACUCUCUUGGUGUUAGCUGGUUAGUUAGCUCAGCGCUUGGUCGGGCUAACUACCAUCUCUCAGCCCGGUUACUCGACUCAAAGAGACGGAGCUGGCUCCCGUCUAUAGCUUCUUAUCACGGGGGAUUACAAGAAGUAAACUCGAGGUGGAAGCUGAUGGCUAACGUCAGCUGGAAUAUUGUGUUACGGAUAGAUGUAUGCGAUGUGAAUGCCCCUGGAGCAGCAGCAGCAGUGGUUGCACCUCGCUCCUUGUUUCCGCCUAGAAUAAAACAGGUGCAUCUCUGCGCUAGCGGCGCACAGAUGCUGAAAAGUCCUUAACGCAGCCACUCAGCGUAUAUGCAGCUCUUAUAUUUUGGGUACUGUUUGGGUUUUAUAAUUGCUUUAACGCUGAGUUUAUUCAAUAUUGCCUUUUAAAUGAUUUAUCAAGGUUGUAGAUGGCGUUAUCUAUAUAUAAAGGCCUCGUCUGCCGACUCUAAUGGAAACUGGGCCAAGUGAGACGGGCCGGGUAGCUAAAGCUAGCUCUCAUUAUCUGGCAAUUGGCCCACUACUAGUUGUCAACCUUAAACAGUUUUUACGACGAUAGCAGUGUCUUUUAAUAGCAAACACCUUAAAAGAUAUCCGUUUUCAGCAACCUCGUCUCCUUUUAAAUGGCUUUGUGUUGUAGGGAGUUGUUUAGCCUAAUUAACAUUUCUAUAACAAGCUCGAGUUUCCAAACACUAUAGCAGUUCCAGCUGUUUUUCCUUCAGCCACAUGUCGUCAUUUUAUAACGAGUUUAUGCUGGUAUUAUUAUAGAAAUUUGCAGCUUGUAAGUCGUUUUAACACGGUGUAGCAGUUAGGAAAAUGAGACAUCACAACAACUAAUUUUCUGAGACUAGUGUGGGUCGUUAGGAAGCUUUACAGAGCAGAGACUGAGCCUCGCCAUGGUUUCACUCUUUGUAAAUGUACUCAUGCAUGAAGCUUUGGUUUCAUUUGCAGUCAUAAAAACACACAAGUGAUUACUCAAUUUGUAAUAUUGAGCUGCAUACAUAAAGUUUUCCUGUACAGUUAAACCAGCUCCUCCUAGGUCAUGUUGCCAAGGGGGGAUUUUCACUCAGCCAAAGCUGUUUUCUACUAUUGUUGUCUCACCGCAUAUUUCAUUACUUUGUCUAACAGCGUAAGAGGGAAACACAAGGGAAACAUCCAAUUGCAAAGCAAGCUUGUCUUGUGGAUAUGUUUGUUAUUCAGCUCAUGAACUAUCUGGAGGCUGCUGGAUGUGGUACGUCAAUUCAAUUGGCCCUGAGUGCUACUGUGCAUCAGAGCCCUAAUUAUUUUUGAUGGUUCUCAAGUUUUAACUACUGUCGAACUGCAGACAGCGUGGAUACUAUGGUCGUAAACGCUUUCGUCCCCUCCCCAAGUUGUGCGGUCUGAAAUAGGCAGUAAUUCCCCACACUCAAGCCUGUGCCGUUGUACUGUUUACCACAUGUGUAUUAAGAGCUUGCCAUAAAAAGUCCAGAUUUAAUAAGUGUUUGGUGGAAAAUAAACAAGUUGCAUCAUACUCACCUCCCCAAAUAAGUACUGAAAGUUACACCUUUGUUUUAGCACUUUGGGAUUUUAAAACCACAUCUGAAACCGCAUAACUGCACAUGUGUUGUAAAGGAGUUAUUGUGAGGACUACAAUAAGGCUGAAUUACCCCCUCCACUAGCAGUAUGAAAUGGUUGUUUUUACACAUGGAUGUAAGCAUGCCCUACUUUCAGACCACUCUAUAGGCUGAGAUAAUUCAGUCAAACAGACUCCAAGAGAGAGUUAAUUGUAAAUUUUACAUUAAGCUUGAAGGUCAAUCCUCUCAGCAAUUUGCAAAGUGGUUUCAUCCCUCUGCUUUAGUCAAACCAUACAGUUUUCUUUCUCACAUGACACAUCCUCAUUACGAUUGAGUUUAACUCUCCUGAAAUACAUUUUAUUAUGCAUAUGCUUCAUUUUAAUAAUGGUUUGUUGUUGAGCAGUGCAAAUUGACUUUCAUAUUCUUAAUGAGGUGCUUUUAAUUGGAAUUUGAAUCGCACAGUGAAAUGAUUGCAUGAUCUGGGCUGCAUUAUGGAGAGCCUACUUUGAUGCUUUGAUAUAGCUUUUUUAACACGUGUGUGGCAACAGCAGAAAUAAGGCACUGUCUCCCUCUGAAUUAAAUUAAGCUUAAAGGGAAAAUCUGUUUGCAUGUUAAUGUUUGUGUUUAACAUGUUAUAACACGUUGAUACUUAGCUUAAGUCAUACAUAUACUCUAUGAAGAAGUAAUUUGACUUUUCCAUGUAAAGGGAAACCUGUUUUUGGUUCUGGGAGCUUCAAAAUCAGAGGGGGGUUGUGCUGGAGGGGAAGAGCAUGGGUAUAAAGACUGAACUGACUCAGCUGUUGGAAUAUCCCAGACAAGGGGCAUGUCCCAACCUGGUUAACGGGUUAGGUGAGACAUGACUUAGUGUUUUGUCAAAGGGCUGGGUAAUCAAAUGAUUUCAACAGGGGUUCUGAUAAAAUCAUACAUACACAUACAGUUGGAUAUAACAUCCAGUCAGUUAGAUAUCUGCAUUUUCAAGCCACUUUUUAUUACUUUUCAAAUCUACUUCCCAUUAUGUUUUAGAUUCCUGACCGAUUUUACCUUUCAGUUCGAGCUAAACUUUAAUUAUAUUUCUAUUUUUGUUCAGCUUCUACCGGUUUGAUUUACCUGGACCUGUUGGGGAGCAGGUGCCCUCUGCGGAUGAUCUCGCUCAUAGUUGAAAUGUAAAAGAUGAACACUUGAGGACUCCUGGGCAGGAAAAUUGAGAGCACAUGGUUAGUGUCAGCUCAGUACACAGCCCCUUCAGAAAUCAUGCAUCUUUUCCUUACUGUAUGUAUAACGGAUGCUCUGGUUUUUCAAGGCUUUCAUUAUAAACAGGAUCAGGAUACGCUUAAAACUAGCUUUAUCAGUAAUAUAUCCUGACUUGUCAGAAUUCUCUAUUUUUGAACAAGCGAGAUGAGCUGAGCACAUCACCAGAGAGGCUUUUGUAUACAUGACGUUGUAAAUAUGGAUUGAUGUGACUAAUGUAUAGGUUUAAUGUACUGUUGUUAAAUAGUGCUCCAUUCCUCUGCCCGAUGCCCAACACUGUUUACCUACAAAGGACAUGGAUCAUCGCCAUUACCUCUUAAAGGUUCAAUACAUGGAUCGCAUAAUAUGGCUGGAGUCGUUUUGUCCAGCCAACAUUAGCCUACAUGCUUUAUCGAGCACUGCCAGAAGAUGAUCUACGGCACAAUAGUUUCACAGGACAAAAAAAAAACAAAACAAAAGGGGGCUGGCUCCAGUAUACAAGAGCUCGUCUAGUGAUGAAAUCUUACAAAUUGCAAAAGCAGUGGCCUGGCCUGUCUCCUCAUAGCUGGCUGAGCUGUUCACCACUAAAAAGAUACUCGCUCCUUGUAAUGAAACACUCAGAUCAUAAUAAUGUUGACAGUUAUUGGAGAAGUUUGUGAAGGAUGGCACUGUACUUGAACCCUUAUAAACUAAAAUGACUAUCACUAAAGAAGACUGUUUACACAAUUCAUACCCAUUUCUCAAAAGGAUUUAGUCAUUAAAAGAAGAAUAACUUUAACUUUGAUCUCACAGUUCAUUGUAUUUUGUAUCAUCUGAUUAUUUUUCAUUUAUUUCGAUUAUUUUAACUUUGAGUCCAGCCUUAGGUACUUGAUCAAAGAUUGUACACAAUCUACAGAAUUCCUGACCAUUUCAUCCAAUUCCCACAGAGAUUUUGAUCACUCCCACCUUGAACAAUGUUUUCUAUUGAAAAUGUCUCAGCUCCAUUCAGCAGAGAAAAUACAGUCAUCCAACUGUUUAGUAUGCUGCCUUUUGACUGCAUGAAUUGCAAAUGAGCUAAUUAAAUGUGUUGAAAAGGUUAAAAAAAAAAAAACAGCUUCAGAUGCCUGAAACUAAAACUGAACUAAAAUGUUCUGGAUAUGGACCUUUUAUUUUUUUUUUAGUUAACUAAUGUAAUUUCCCAUAGGAACAGUACGAACUGUGUACUUUGAUGUCAGCAGCAGUAGCAGUCGGAUUUGUAGGAUUGCAUUAACAUUAUUAUUUGUAUAUAAGAUAUCUGUUAUUGAUUAAGAAGGGAACUACGGCGAUUAAGUAACAAAAGCAUAUCUGUCCUUUUAAGCUUGGCUUUAUUUGUGGCCUUGUAUAGAGUGAUAGUGAUAUUGUUGACUGGAACACCAUGCAUGGCUGAUCUCAAUAAUGACUACCCUUUAUUAAGUCGAAUUAAUUCAUAGUUUGUUCUAAAUGAGGCUGUGCAUCUCCUUGUGCUUGUGUUCAGGUAAAUAGAUGUAUAUUUUUGGAUUACAUCGUUUGUGUUGGCUCUGACCGGGUUUAUUUGAGGUUUUUUGUUGGCUCUUUCUUGUGUGAAUUAUCUAAAAAUACGGGGUAGAUCAAACAGCAUGAAAUGAUCUUUUGAACAAUGGGUUUUGUACAAAUCAAAUCAUUUCACUGCGUAGUUUUUCAAAGAGGAUGUGUAGCGAGGGACCCACUGUAAAAGUUUCCCACAUGGAUUCAAAGCGGUUUUAAAGCAGGUAGUAUUUCUGAUGUGUAGGUUGACGUCACAGCUUUGUGCCAGUCAGGCAUUAGGAUUCCAGGCAAUCGGGCGACCCUCCUCUGCCUGUCUCAGAGUGCUACAGGAUUGGGGUUAGCUGGGUCAGCACAAUGGAGACUUCUAUUCCAACCCCCAGGGCACCUAAUUAAAACUUACAACUAAGACAAACAACCUUUGGCACUUGGGCAUCUCGUGAGGAUCGCUAUUACUGGAAAUACCACGACAAGGGAGUGAAGAUCAGAAGGAGAUUGUGUCCUUUUGAUAAUAUUGUUUGUAACUCUUGAAGUAAACCUAUACGGGAAAUGAAAAUCCUCUCUGAACUGAAUCAAAACAAUAUCAAGCAGAAAUGAACGAUUACAUACUGCUGUUUCUUUUUUUCUCCAAAAUUCAAUACAAUUCAGAACCCACGCUUUAAAGAGUCUAUGUGUUGUAGCUUAUGAAAGUCCAGUACCACAUCGGUUACAAUAGGAAUCCAUGCAGAUACUCUCCAGUUAAUAGUCUUGUCCCUAUUUAACAGUAAAUUGAGAUUUAUGAUGCACGAAUCAUAACCAGUCUGUACAGAUGAUCAAAUAAAAUUAAAUCCCAGAGCUGGGGCAGACUGAUUUAUGCUUUUCCCAGUUUUGAUCAAUGUCUGUUUUUUUUUCUCAUGUUAGAAAAUCUCGUUAUGCCACCAGUUAGAAGAUUAAUCUGAUAUUGGCUAUGGCCUGAAAACAGCAGAUAUUUUAUCAGUCAAAUUUAAAUAUAUAGUUUAGUGAGAUUGGUCACAGCUGUCUUGCUCAUUUUAAGACUGUGAUGAGAUAAAAACAUCUGGUGGUGAGCCAUCCCUCUCUUGCCCUUUAGUUCCCCUCUUCUCUUUCUCUUUUACAGAAGACAUCCACUUCCUCCACUGGCAGCUAAAACAAUGCUCUGCAGUGGGAAGUGGGCGUGUUCUUUGUCAUGCACUAACCAGCUGUUGUUGCUAGCUCUUUGACAGGUAACUUUAAAAUAGAUCCAGAGUGUAAAGAUUGUGUCGAGGAGGCCAGCUAACACUGAACAGAUAAACUGCGCAAGAUCACAAAUACUGAGUAAUUAGGGACUACAAGACUAUUGCUGCAACUUUUUGCAAAGAAAAAGGAAAAAAUAAGGGAAAUCCACAACUUAAGAGAGGGUUGCAAAUUGAAAAAACACAUCCAUGUGCAGGCAAACAUAUUUAUAGAGUUGGGAGAGAUCUUAUCUCUUCACUGUGUAAGCCAAUUACUCGUUUUUGUGCCCAAAUGACACACUCACGUUUCUUCAUGUCUGUUUGUUUCCUCACAGAGCUGGCUGACAUGGCUGUCUAACAGGUUGCCAAAGACCUCUUCAUGGAUCAUAGAAGAAAACAAAAAGAAAUCACCGCAUCUGUGAACAAAGCCAACAACUAGGGGGGUCCAAACAGAAGCAUAUCAUCAGACUGACUUCAGUGCAUGUGGCCUCUUAAGUUGUUCACAGACAUCUGUUGGGCAGCCCGAAGGCCUACUGCUAUGCACUUUAAAAGGAAAGACAUGAGCUGCAGCGAUGCCGGGAGGAGCAGGCUACUUUCGUGCAGGACUAUCCCUCUGGUAAUAGGGAUUCUGGUGACUUUAGUCCAGGGUUCUGCGCAAGAACAGCAAGAGACUAUGGUGGAGAUGAUACCUGUGGAACUAGAGGCUUCUAUGAAGUCAUCUGUGCUCUCUGAGCUUCAGGCUGCAGCAUCCUCUGUCGGUGAAGGCCCACCUUCAGCCUUUCCUGACUCCUCUGUAAAGAAUGGGGGAGUACACACUGGUAUCCCUGACUCCUCGGCAAUCGUGGGCCAGGUGUUCCAGUUAAAGGUUCCUGCAGGACCUGCAAAUGCCACUUGUAAUGUCCAUGUAAGUGAAAAUGUGAAUAAGCUCAAGAUAAAUUUGGUUUUCAUAUUAUUAGCUGAUUUUUUAUGCAUGCCAUGAGACUUCCUCAUACAUGUUCUUUUUUUCAUGUAGAUUUUAUAGAAAUGAAUCGGGGCAGCAUAAAUCAGCCAUGUUCUUGGAGGGAAAUUGGAUUUAGACCGAGAGGAUUUUUUCAAUCACCUAAUCAACUUCAGAUUUUUUUUACUCAUCCUUUUUAUUGUGGAGUUGCCCUUUCCCCCGAUCUUGAUGGUUUCCCAUGGUGUAGCUACUAUCGUUCCCUAAUCUGAAUGUUUGUUAAACCUGUGCCGAACUUCAGGGUUUCACACAGCAACUUUCAAAACUGUAUAAAACUAGUUUGACCACAUGCCUAAGUUCAACUCAGUAAAUAUGUAAUUAAGGUGUGAUUGAACUGUAGAAUAUUGACGGAAUAAUAAAACACAAUCACUUACAAUUCCUCCAGGAUUAUGAAAAUAGCUAUGCACUCCUUUCUGAAAGUGUAAUGUACCUUGCGAGGGCUAGAUAUGGUCACAGUACUUUUUUUCUGCCACUCAGGAAAUACAUAAUACAUAGUAUUAGUCCUUUCAGUUUUGAUCACUGUAUAACUGCUGAUUGAAGCUGACUGUGGUGCAAUUUGUUCCAGUCUGACUUAUGAAUGAGAUGAGAUUAUUAUUGGCCCGAGUGGUGAUGCCGAAUGAUAUCCUGUCAUACCGUAAUAAGUCAAAAUGAAUAGUGAUGACUCACAUAGUUAUGAUGAAUACAAGCUCACUCUGCUUCCUGUUCACAUUUGGAGAGAUUUGAUAAGCUGAAUGGAAAAUGGAGGGGGUUGGUGGUUGGAUAGAUAUUGAAAGCAUUUGUGCUUUUCUCUGGAUAUUUGAAUGGUUUGCACUCCGAUGUGUUUUUUUAAAGUUCCUCUUUCACUGGCAACUCGGUCCAUAUGAAAUGGAGAGCUGCAAAUCCCGAUGUAAUCAGUUAUUCAUCUCUGUAUAGUUAUUACUAAACAUUUCAUAGCUACAACAUCACAGUUGCCGUUUGCAAAUACAGUGUUAACUUGGUUUCCUCUUUUUUUACUGUCUCUUUAAAUUUAGGGUCCCACUCUAACAAAAACAUUUAUUAUGAAUACAUUUUUACAUAACGACUUUACUUUUAUCUCAUAAGUGUGGUAAAUUUAAGUUUUUCUCUUUUAUUUCCUGCAGCUCAAAGAGAUGGGAAAGGAUAUUUUACCCUCCUGGCUAUACUGGGACAAAGAAAGUUGCACCCUUAGAGGUCUGGCCCUGGAGCAGGACAAAGGUGUGUAUCAUAUCAUGGUGUCCGGAGAAGAGAUAAUUGAGAAGACUGGCAGCCAAGUGUUUCCCAGCACGGUCUUCUCUAUUGAAGUAUACCCAGAGGAACGGGCAGACACUGAGCCAGCCCUGCUCACUCUCCAGUCUGAUAUCAGUGGUGUCCAGCCUUUCACCUGUGGCUCUAAUGAGCCAGUCACUGUCCUCACUGUCAUCUUGGAUGCUGACUUGACAAAGAUGGUUGCUGAGCAGAGGGUCAACUUACUGGCCAUUAUGAGAAAGUUCUCCCAUGUGCCGCUGGAGCACAUGAGAGUUGUCCCUGUUGUCAACAACCGCUUAUUUGACAUGACUGCUUUUAUGGCUGGACCAGGAAACGCCAAGAAGGUGGUGGAAAAUGGGGCCUUAUUGUCAUGGAAACUUGGAUGUGCACUUGAUCAGGGCAGUAUUCCUGACAUUAACAGUGUUCAAUCCUCAGCAAAGGAUGGGACCAUGUCGGCCAGGCUGGGGUAUCCAGUGGUGGGCUGGCACAUAGUCAACAAAAAAACGCAUGGAGUGAAACGUGUCCGACGACAGUUAUACAACACCCCUACUCCGGUGCCCUCCCUGCUCCCUCCUACAACUCACAUAGAGCCUCCUGUCCGUGUAGUACCCACACCAACUUCGCCCUCUAUUGCCCCAGCAACAGAUAACUCCGCUCCCCCUGUCCGAGGUCCUUUGCCACUUCCGGUGAUGCCAACUAUGAGAGUAAGAGAUCAGAUAGCGCACACACCUGUCUCUGGACCUCCCCAACCAACAAGAGUACUAGGAACCACAAGCACCAUCCCAAUUCAGCCAACCAUGACACGGCCUACAUUUGUGGAGGCCACUGCUUUGCCAACAGCACCAAGCACCACCAAAAGACCCAAACCCCCUGCCACAAAGAAACCUAAGAAGCCCAAAUCCUCCUCCACCCCUCCUCCACGAGAACCAAAGUCUACCACCCCUAAACCACCCAAGCACACCACCACUCUCCCUAUGACUCCAGACUCAAAUAAAACUCCAGACAUCCGCAACCCUAUUGAUCAGGUGAAUGCGUGGGUUGGCACCUACUUUGAGGUGAAAAUUCCGCCGGAUACAUUCUUUGACAGUGAGGACGGCACCACGGAUAAGCUGCGUUUGACUCUGAAGAAGACCCCAAAAGAAGCUGUGAGUGAAACAUCUUGGAUCCAGUUCAACAGCACUAUCCAGCUCUUGUACGGCCUACCAGAGGAGCAGCAUGAGGGCAAGCAUGAGUACUUCAUGUUGGCCACAGAUAAGGGCGGGAAGAGCAUCAUGGAUGCAUUUGAGGUUCGAGUAAAUCGUUGGUCCUCGAAUGACAAACCCUCUGUUGUCUUUGCUGCUCGUUUCCACGGUGACCCCAGAAGUGUAAGCAAUGAUGUCCAUAAGAAGAUUCUUCUGACCAAAAAGUUAGCUUAUGCCCUAGGUGAUCGCAACAGCAGCACAGUAACAUUAAGAAGCAUCACUAGCGGCUCUAUUGUGGUGGAAUGGACCAACAACAGCCUGCAGCAGAGCCCUUGUCCAAAGGAGCAGAUCACCGUUCUCAGCAACAAGAUCGCUGACCCUCAAGGGACACCUAAACUGGCUUUCAUUAAAGCUAUGGAGCCUGAAUUCAAACCAAUCAACAUCUCUGUUCGUGGCACCAAUAAAUGUCAGAGCUACACAUUCAUUCCACCGGGUGAGGUGCCAAUGCCUGUUCUUCCUACAGCGACACCAUCACCUGGGACGGGUCGCAGGAGCACCGAUGAUGUUUACCUACACACUGUCAUUCCUGCUGUCGUGGUCGCAGCCCUGCUUCUCAUCGCUGGAAUCAUCGCCAUGGUCUGCUACCGCAAGAAGCGCAAAGGGAAGAUGACCAUAGAGGAGCAAGCCACUUUCAUCAAAAAAGGAGUUCCAAUAAUCUUUGCAGAUGAGUUGGACGAUUCCAAGUCACCCCCAUCCUCCAGCAUCCCGCUUAUCCUCCAGGAGGAAAAGCCCCCUCUCCCCCCACCGGAGUACCCUAACAUGGCUGGGCCUCACAGCACCCUGCUGAAUCAAGAUCUGCUUGAGGAGUACUCUGUUUAUCAAGACGAUGAUCCUAAUGCCCCUCCUUACCAGCCCCCACCACCAUUUACUGUCCCCAUUGAGGGCAAAGGUUCACGCCCUAAGAACAUGACCUCAUACAGGUCUCCACCUCCCUACGUGCCUCCCUAACGCACACCAGAGCUUUCAGUUUGGAAAGAAGGUGCAAUGUAGGGAUGUGCUCGUUAAAAACUACUACAGGAGUAAUUUUACGUGUUCUUUGAAAUGGCUUUGACUUUGUAGAGGAGCAGGCAACCAUACCCAUAUAUUUGACUAUCGUGGAUAGGACACUGUAUCGUACAAUUCUACUACUGGCACAGGGCAAAUGGAUGGGGAACAGUUUAUAAUUCCUGCCCUUUGUUUGUUUGUUUUUUUUCCUCCAUCAGAUCUACUUUGACUUCUUGCAUAUUCUUUUUCUGUCUGUUUUUUGCCAAGAAGAGUCAAUUUUACCUUCAAUGACGUACUAUUUCUAUUGUAUAGAAAAUAAUAAAGAAGCAGGAAAGACUGAAGCCCACAGGGCCUUCGAGCAGAUGUCACCAUGACAACAGACUUGAGGCUCUUCCUCACAAUGUUGAUCUUUAUGAGUUCUAUAUCACUCUGAUCUGUCCUUCGGCUAGGUUUACUAAGAUUUUGCACCUGUUAUUUCUAGAGGGGAAUGAAUUACAAAAUGCCAAACUGAAAGCAUGAAACACUUUAUUUACACAAAAAUCUGUUUGUUUAGUCAACUUUGAUCUCUCUCUCUCUCUGUUCCCUUCUAUGCUUUGCUCCCUCUUGACAAUAACAUGCAAACCUUGCACUUAUGCAAAUUCUUGUUAAACCUUGCACUAUGUGUCUUGCGCAGAAUUGAACGCAGUAAGUGGUAGUCCAAUAAGGAGAAAAUGUCUUUUGUAUCCUUGAGCUUACCACAUGACUGAGAUUCCUCUGGUACUUGAUCACAAAGGACAUUACACAGAUCACGCCUGUUAUAGAUGUAGCCUCAUUAAGUUACAUACAAAUAAUGAUUUUUUUUAUGUGUGUGCCACUGAACCUGCCUGUGAGAUGGAUGGUAUUUGCUGUUGCCAAGGUGAUGUCUGUGGUCACAAGGCGAACCUCGUGGGGUUGCUACAACAAUGAUGUUGGGGCCAAUGGAAUGCUGUGGGUCACAGCAGGGUAGAAACUGGUGGAUCCACUGUCUUAUUUCAGGUUGGUUAUGGUAGUGUGAGGGGUGGGUGGGCUUAGAGUUCUGUAUUAUCACUGCUCUGCCUCUAGGUGUUGCACUAUGCUGUCAGGUGCACUGCCUGUUGUCAGUUCAGAUGAGGCAUGGGAACAUGGGGAUGUACAUAAUUGUGUGCCUGUGAAAUUAAACAACUCCAUAAUGUUAGUGUUUUAUCGGUAAACCUAGUCGGGGAGAGGGGAGGGUCCAGAGUGGGAAAUAAUUUUAUUUUUCAACUGUAUGUCUAGAUUUAUGAUCACAAUCAUGAGAAAAAAAAAAAGACUUUAUAGUUUGUGAGGGUACAAAAGAACGUUUACCUGCCCGUCACAAAAGUAUAAUGCAUUAUCUCAAUAUGAUGGGGAAACCACAACAUGUGAAUUAUGUACAUUUCAUAUCUGAUAUCACCAUAAGAAAAAAUGGUUAAAAAUCUAAUGUUUUUACUGAGUUUUUGAUACAGUCUUAAACUUGUUUUAUGAAAAUAUAUUAAUAAAAUGUAAUACUAUUUGUAAAGCCUCAAAAA